UCCCGUAAGGAAGUGACAUGACGUCGUUGAAUAGUGAACAGUCGACGAAGUUAAAGUUUAGUGUUGAUAGUAUAUUAGGGAAUAAUGAAAGUACCCAAGUGUCGGAGGCGAGGCCGCAAGAGCCUCCGUGUUCAGGAUGUGUGGCAGCCCUAUACAGGUGUUGCAGAGACGAACCAUUGCUUCAAUUGCAAUUGCCCUUACCAUAUGCACACUUGCAUCCAGCUUUAAGACCUACUUCGGUUUACCGAUUACCACUUCCGUCGCCUCCACAUUCCUCUACACCCCGAUGUGACGUCACCUCUACGGGCAAAAGAAAACGAUCGUGGUCACGCGCUGUGUUCAGCAAUCUUCAGAGAAAAGGACUUGAGAGGAGAUUUCAAAUACAAAAAUAUAUAACAAAGCCUGAUAGGCGACAGUUAGCAGCUACACUUGGAUUAACUGAUGCUCAGGUAAAAGUCUGGUUUCAAAAUCGACGCAUGAAAUGGCGACAUACGAAAGAAGGCCGUGCUGGCCUUAACUCUGUGGGCAGCGGGCGAGAUCCAGAUUCCGCAUCUCAGGAGGACAAUGAAGAUAUCGAUGUAGAUACUCUUAGUGAUUAGGGAGAUUUUUAUACUUGUCGUUUUCCUGUAGCUUCCUAAACACCAGUUACUACAGGACAGAAGACUUAUAUUUAAAUUUUAUUGUAUAUGAACUAUUUUCAAUUGCAAUUUCAAAUAACUUUUAUUUAGUAUUAUAAUGUAAUUGUGAUAAAAGUUUUAUUUUUUUAUACCUACAUUAAAUCACAUUUUUGUGAAUUCCAAUCAAAUUCAAGUUGAUGUCAGUGCAUCUGAUGAAACUGUUGAUAAUAAAUUGAAUGUUUAUGAGUUACUAAGUAGAUAAAUAAUUUGGUACAU